CUUUGUUAUUUUCAUUGAUCUUCUUGGUAAAAAGAAACAAAGAAAAAAAAGCAGGGAAGGUUACCGGAGGGGAGACAAUAGGAAUAGAUGGCGGCGAGUUAAGGAAGCUAGCCUCCGAUGCUUAAGCCGUAAUUCUUUUACGUGUGAACAACUUUAGAAUACAUUUCACUAGAAUUACAAAAUGAUAAGUAAAGUAAAGGCGGUGGUUUCAGGAUGGUUCCUCUUGCCUCUAAGUCGCGUACAUAGAUUGAGAUUCAAGAUUCCUUUUUAUUCCUUCAACAUUCAAAUAUUGUUUCUGUAGAGGGAAGUCUUAUCGUUUCCUUCAAAUCUUAUGUUAUUUGAACAAAAGUCCUAUCAGAAUUUCCCUAUAAAUACAGGUUCUGAGUGCAUCCUAAAUAUCAAACAAUUCACCUUCUAUCCAAAAUCAUCAAAUCAGGAAACACAAAGCAAUCUAACAUAUCAAUGAUGAAGAACAACAAGAACAAUAUGAAGAUGAGUUCGGGACAAGAAGAAAGUGGUAAUGGUACUACUAACAUCGUUAUCACAGAGACGAGGAAUAAGAAGGUAGAGAGGAAGGCAUCGAUGGACGUGGACAAGUGUGCAGAAGCUUUCAUUGCAAAUUUCAGAAAGCAGCUUCUUCUCCAGCGUCUCGAAUCCAUCGAAAACACGCUCUCCCGAGGCCUUUAAGACUAUUUAUGAAUAAGCACUUGUUUGUAUGUUUUACUCAUGUAUUAUUUAUUUAUUCUCGACUCUGAAGGUCUAGUAUGCAUCGUUUGAGACAGAAUAAUAGUCAUUUUAAAUUAUACUUUUAAGUUUCAUGGGGGUUCGAGUUUCGACUUAAAACUAGUUGAUCAUGAAAUAUAUGUUUAUUUGUUUUA